UCGAGUCAUGCGCACUACGGCGCUCGAAGGGACUUCCACUCGACGGUUUACUCUCGAAUUUAUCCCACGAAAAAUCUCAAAUUUCGCUGCGACAAAGUCGGAGGGACGUGAAAAAGGCGUUUGGAUCCAUCUCUAAAAUUUUCUGCAGUGAAAUCCGUGAAAAAUCGGCCGCCUGAGGAUGGAGGAAGAAAACAGGGAAAAAGAAGCAAGUUUGAUUUUGCACUCGAUGCUGACGAACAAACGCGAGCAGCAACUUCUGCCUCGCGUUUUGACUUUGGAAUGUGAAGCCUCGAGCAGCACCAACAUUGAACUCUUGGAGGAAGACGAAGAGGACGACGUGAACGUGAUGGAGACGGACGACGACGAAAUUGGCGUGUCCGCUUCCAAAGACACUGAAAGUGAGGACGACCAGAAAUUACGUAAUGAAAAGAAAAAGGGACAGAGAAAAAAACGCAAAAUUUCUGACUAUGUUGCCCAAGGCAUUGACCCAACCAAGCUUGAGGAGAGUGCUGAUGAGGUGAUGAGCAGAUUUAAGCUUGGUUGCGAGUGCGUCGAGUCAAACUGCUUCACAAAUCUGAACGCUGAGUUGGUUUAUCGGCACAGACUGAACAUUGCUGAGCUGACCAAGGCCGAGCAGGACAUGUAUCUCAUGGGUGUCACCAUGGCCAGUCUCACCAACCCUGAGACAACAACCAAACAGAAGGAACGGCAGAGGCUGAGGGCGCAGUACGUCUACCAGGGACGGAAAGUUUGCUUGGACGCUUUUCUAUACUUGGAGAACUGCACCCAUUACCAACUCAAGAGAAUCCGGAAACACGUCAUGACACACGGAGUUGUUCCUAGGAUGCAUGGCAAUUUAGGCAAAAAACCUCACAAUACUUUCUCUCUGGACAUCUAUCGGCACGCCAACAACUUCAUCGAAAGCUUCAUUGAGCCCUACACUGCCCAGACAAACAACCAAAGCAAGUCAAAAGGCGCCAAGAAGAAAAUCACAAUCACUCUGCCACCAAAAAUUACCAGGAAGACUUUGCACAAUGAGUACAAGGACUACUGUGCCAAAUUAAACGUGAAUACUAAGAUCAUGGGGUAUUCUUCUUUCCGACAUUUUAUCAGUGAGCAGUUCCCCAACAUUCGCUUUGUCAAGAACGAGGUCGGCGUCCCAAAACCAGCAAACCUUGAGCUUUACGAGCCAAGAGUUCAUGAAGUUGAAGAAAAUCCGACCUCUCAGGCCACUUCUUCCAACGGCUCCGAACUCGCCCAGUCACAGCAAGAAGAGUCAAUUUUGACCACUCAGCUCCUGACCACCCAGACUUUGCAACAGCAGGCGGUCCAUCCAACCAUCAUCAUGGACGGAAACACCAACACGACUUUUACAACGCCUGCUGGAAACACCUACGUCAUCACCCAAGUUUUGCCAGCAGGCUUUUGUCAGGUCCCAGCCACCUUCCAAACAGUGAGCAUUUCUGCAGAUAAUCAGGCGGUGCAGCCGACCACCUUCACCUUCACCACUUCGUAAAUUAUUAUAUACAUAUGUGGAAAAAACAUAUUUUUUGAUCUCAUGAUUUUGGAUUUAAUUUUUGGCUAAUAAAUCGUUGGAAAUUUUUUAUAUAUUUUACUUAACAUCCUGCUAUGAUUUUGCAAAGCAGCGCAAAAAAUUUAUGUCCACAUUCCUUCUUUAUCUAAUUUUGUUGCCUUAAGAAGACUGCCUGCUCUGCUAUCAUCUGUUACCACACGCUUCCUGCUAGUCCUCAGUCUGCUGCUAUGUGUUUAUCUUUAUUACUAGUCCUACAUUUCCUAUCACGCGCGGCUCCUCGUUCGGCAUCUCAUAUCUUGUUGGUUUAUAAUUAUGGUGAAAUUUAUUAGUAUGUGAGACUUUUUGAAAUUUUAUA